AGCAGUGCUAGAGGACUUCGUUAUGAAACUCCACUCCCAGCUGCAACCCAAACAGCCCCCUUGUGGGGAAUUUCAUUUCCUAAAUCCCCCCUUAAUCCAUUCCUUUCCCAUUUCUGCUGCUCUACAGGGUCAGUUUGAGGGAGUGUUGGAUGAAGACACCGUGGCUGAGGGACUCCAUGAGCUGGGGCGCUCAGCCACUGGUAUUGAAUACGUCUAUCUUAACCUGUCGCUUUCAGGUCAUGAGUUAAGUGACAUUAGCAUUCUCUCCAGAUACAUUCACCUACAGAAGCUGGAGCUUUCAUCUAAUAAAAUUAAUGAUCUUUCUUGUGUCAGUUACAUGCCUUACUUACUAGAACUGAAUGCUUCCAACAAUGGAUUGACUACGUAUUUUGGUUUUAAACCACCUAAAAACCUCAAGGUAGUCGAUUUCUCAUACAAUCAAAUACCUAAAAUGGAAAACUUGUCAGCAUACGAGUCACUCACCAAACUCUUGCUGGAUUUUAAUAACAUAGAGGAGAUACAAGGACUGGGGAGAUGUCACAGUCUGACUCACCUUAGUUUGUCACACAACAGAAUUACUGCAAUCAGUGGCCUUGAGAACCUACCUAUCAAAAUACUCAACCUGAGCUUUAACCAGAUUGAGAAGAUAACUGGGCUGGCCAGCUUGAAAGCUCUACAGACAUUGGACCUCUCCAGCAAUAAAAUAACUAGUCUAGAAGGCUUGAAGAAACAUGAUCUACUACAGGUGAUCAACUUAGAGGAUAACCAGAUUGCUGAGCUGCACGAACUUAAGCACAUUGAAGAUCUGCCUCUCCUCAGAGUUUUAAAUCUGUUAAAGAAUCCUGUACAGGAGCAAGCAGAUUAUUGGCUCUCAGUGAUUUUCAUGCUGCUCAAACUAACAGAACUGGAUCUCAAGAAGAUUUCAGUGAAAGAAAAGGUUGCUGCUGUGAAUAAAUACGAUCCUCCUCCAGAAGUAGUUGCUGCUAAAGACCAUAUGACUCAUGUUAUUCGUGGCAUGAUGCAGCCCCAGAAGAUCUUUGACAGCACUUUACCUUCCCUUGAUACUCCCUACCCCAUGCUGGUAUUUGCUGGUCCUGUAGCCUGUGGUAAGAGAGAGCUUACUCACAAGAUCUGCAGACAGUUCAACAAUUUCUUCAGAUUUGGUCCCUGUCACACUACCAGGGAAGCUUACUUUGGAGAAGAAAACAGGCUUGAUUACUACUUCGUUACUCAAGAAGAAUUUGACAAAAUGGUGAACAUGGGGCAGUUUAUAGCAACUUAUAAAUACAAUGGCUAUUCCUACGGACUUGCAAGAGACACUAUCGAAUCAAUUGCCAGAGAGGGUCUUGCAACUUGUGUUGAAUUAGAAUUAGAGGGUCUGCGUAGCUUGAAAAACACCUACUUUAAACCCAGAUGUAUCCUGUUAGUACCACUUAGCAAAGGCAAAUAUAAGGAGCAUCUGCGGAGGAAAGGACUAUUCAGCAGGUCAGAGAUUGAAAAGGCAGUCUCCAGAGUGGACAUGUACAUCAACAUGAGUGAGGAUUUUCCAGGGUACUUUGAUGCCACUAUCUACACAGAUGAACUGGAUGAGGCAUUCACAGAACUGAGUAUCCUCGUAAGGGAAUACCUGGAUUUGAAACCACCUGCAGUUGCUGAUAGCGUUCAGGACUCGAACAGCAGAGUAGGAGCAGCUUCCAGCAUACGGCUCUUACGGCAGCAAAGAUUCUCACCUGGUGGUGUAACUACUGGAGCUACUCAGUGUUCAUUUGCCAGUGAGUUCUUGGACUCUUCUGCCAAAAGCUACCCAGGAGGCAUCUCAGAGAAACAUGCUGCACAACUGAGGUCUAUGGAAGAAGCUUCUUUCCAAAGACGUUUCUGUGCACUACGUCAGGCUCUGUUGGGGAAAGCACCUAAUGCAUAUGUCCAGCCCUUCCAAAGGGACCUGGCAGCCACUCCUGCACCAGGCAGCUCCCAUCAGCAAUUCCUGGAACCAACAAUACAUGCUUCUGUGCUCUCAGAUGGAAGGAAUAUGACCCAAGACCAGAGCUACCCCCUGAGUAGAGAGAGACGAAAGAGUAAACUAAAAAAAGCCAUCAAGGGGAAAAACUGCAAAGAAUCUGGUCCUGCCAGGGGACGAUUCCUGGCCUCAUCUGGUGCCUCUGCUGCUGAAGGUCUGCCUGUUCGGAGCCCUGUUCCUCAUGCUCACCCCACUGAAGAAGCCAAAGCUGAGCAUCAAAAUCCAAGAAGAGCUGAAGAUGGAGUGGGCAGAUUGAGAGACACUGAAUUCUCUGCUGAGAAUCCCCAGAGAAAGCACAGCAAGUCCAAGACUGGUUCUUCUCAAGUGCCCCAGCUCAGCAACUGGUCAGGCUCCAAACCUGUCCUACCUCCAAUCCCACCAGGGCGGAAGAAGACCACCCGUUGAUGGCCACUACUAGCCAAGCCUUUGUUGUGGUUACACUGAAUCUUUCUGCCUAAUAGGAACACUGAUUUUUAUAUAUCUAUUUCUCUUCCACAAAGCAAAGUCUAUCAAAUAUUAUUCCUAAAUCCAUUUCUAAUUAAUUCUCCCC